ACUACUACCCCUAGAAGGGAAGCGCAUCCGCUCGAUACGGGGGGUGGCAGGUUGGCGAGGAGACGAAAGGCACGGCGAGCGAGAGCCCAACGACCGUCCAGUUCCAGUUCCAGCGGUCCGAGCGAGAUCGAUCGCCCCUCCGCAAGGCCGCAACAACAGACGCGGCAAGCGGGUACAAGGGAGUUCUUCUGGAGGCGCGGGAGAUCACGCGAGUGUGUUGCGCUUGAAAAGAAGAAAAAAACAGGCAGGGAGGAGGGAGUCCCGUUCCCGAACCCGAACUACAAGCCAGCGCAACUGCUGCUGCCGCCGCCCGCCCAGCAGGAGGAGCGAGGGCAUUGCCCGGCCCCAUCGCCGUCGCGCCGUCGCCGUCGCCGCGCUGCAGGCAGAGGAGGACGGCGCCGGCCAGCAUGGGCGGGUACGAGCUCGUCAGGAGCGACGACGCGGCGGGCGCCGCGGGAGCCGACCUCGAGUCCGGCUCCGGCGCCAGCAAGGUCGCCGGCGCCCCGCCGCCCUCGCCGGCCCCGUCGGCGUCGCCCGCCGCGCGGCAGCAGCGCCUCGCCUCGCUCGACGUCUUCCGCGGCAUAACCGUCCUGCUUAUGAUCAUCGUCGACGACGCUGGAGGCUUCCUCCCGGCGCUGAACCACUCUCCCUGGGACGGCGUCACAGUAGCUGAUUUCAUCAUGCCGUUCUUCCUUUUCAUAGUCGGAGUCUCACUAACACUAGCGUACAAGCGGGUGCCGGAUAGAGUGGAGGCAACUAGGAAGGCAGUGCUUCGUGCCCUCAAGCUGUUCUGCCUUGGUCUUGUUCUCCAAGGUGGAUUUUUCCAUGGCGUCCACAGUCUCACGUUUGGUGUUGACCUAACGAAGAUUCGGUUGAUGGGCAUACUUCAGAGGAUUGCAAUAGCCUAUCUCCUAGCUGCAGUAUGUGAAAUCUGGCUCAAGGGAGACGACGAUGUAGAUUCUGGGUAUGGUUUGCUGAGGAGAUACCGCUACCAACUGUUUGUAGGAUUGGUCCUCUCUAUAGCGUACUCUAUUCUUCUCUACGGCAUGUACGUUCCAGACUGGGAGUACCAGAUAGCAGGCCCUGGUUCCAGUUCCACAGAGAAGUCGUUCUCUGUGAAAUGCGGAGUGAGAGGAGACACCGGACCAGCUUGCAACGCAGUCGGAAUGGUCGACCGUACGGUCCUAGGGAUCGACCACCUCUACAGACGGCCAGUUUAUGCGCGCACGAAGGAAUGCAGUAUAGAUUAUCCAGAGAAUGGGCCUCUCCCACCUGACGCUCCGUCGUGGUGCCAGGCGCCAUUUGAUCCUGAAGGCCUCCUCAGCUCCGUUAUGGCGAUUGUCACUUGCUUGAUCGGACUCCAGUUUGGGCAUGUAAUUAUACAUUUCGAGAAGCACAGGGGAAGAAUCGCCAGUUGGUUGGUCCCUUCCUUCAGCAUGCUAGCUCUAGCCUUCGUAAUGGACUUCGUCGGAAUGCGAAUGAAUAAACCACUAUACACGAUGAGCUACACUCUGGCUACUGCUGGCGCUGCGGGUCUUCUCUUCGCUGGAAUCUAUGCUCUUGUGGAUCUGUACGGGUUCAGAAGACCUACCAUCGCCAUGGAGUGGAUGGGGAAGCACGCCCUGAUGAUAUACGUGCUGGUGGCGUGCAACAUCCUUCCCAUGUUCAUCCGUGGCUUCUAUUGGAGGGACCCCAACAACAGCCUUCUGAAAGUCAUUGGUAUCGGGGCGUGAAGCCAUGACCUUCUACAUGUUCAGGCCCAAACUUGGACAUGCACAGCGCUCUCGCAUGUUUAAGAGCAAUAAUCUAGGUGCUCAGGCCAAGUUUUGCUAUGCGGUUAGAGGACCAUAGCGCGCUCAGGUCAUGCGCCAUGGGGCUGCCUAUAUUCUCAGCACUGCCGAGAUGCCUGUUGCCACUUGCAGAUGCAUGGAAUCCAUUCUCCCAGCCAACUUUGUAUAUGGUGGAGUUGAGCACAUGUACAUGAUAUCACACGAGUAAUAUGUUGUGAUUCAGAUGAAA